GGAAGUCGCGUAUUGAGGGGUGUGGCGGAUUCUACCGUUGCACUGGGGCUCGGACCAGUACGGAGCGCCUGGAGGGACAGCCCGGUACGCGGCCCCCGCCCCUUCGUACGCGCGCUGGGCCUAGCUGCUGCACCCGGCCGGGACUAACCCGCCACCCUCGGGAACCCCUGUCCCAGCAGCCCCUCUCCCUCAGCUGGCCCUCUCUUGGAGCGAGACAGAAACCGUUUUCUGUCGGUCCCCUCCUUGCGAGCCUCAGGGAGACCGAGCGGAGGCUCUUGGAGCCGCAGCUCCAGCCCAGGGCGCUUGACCCUCUCUCGGAACGGGGCGGGGAAGGGGCACGAUUGACCUCGGGGAGGGAAGGGCACUGGCAGAAAGGACGCAACUGCAGAUCGGUAGCCGGAGGCCGCCACGGAUACAGGCUCACUGAUGGCUCAGUUGGGAGCAGUUGUGGCCGUGGUUUCCAGUUUCUUUUGUGCAUCUCUCUUCUCAGCUGUGCACAAGAUAGAAGAGGGACAUAUUGGGGUAUAUUACAGAGGCGGUGCCCUGCUGACUUCGACCAGCGGCCCUGGUUUCCAUCUCAUGCUCCCUUUCAUCACGUCAUAUAAGUCUGUGCAGACCACACUCCAGACAGAUGAGGUGAAGAAUGUACCUUGUGGGACUAGUGGUGGUGUGAUGAUCUACUUUGACAGAAUUGAAGUGGUGAACUUCCUGGUCCCGAAUGCAGUGUAUGAUAUAGUGAAGAACUAUACUGCCGACUAUGACAAGGCCCUCAUCUUCAACAAGAUCCACCACGAACUGAACCAGUUCUGCAGUGUGCAUACACUUCAGGAGGUCUACAUUGAGCUGUUUGAUCAGAUUGAUGAAAAUCUCAAACUGGCUUUGCAACAGGACCUGACCUCCAUGGCCCCUGGGCUGGUCAUUCAAGCUGUGCGGGUGACAAAGCCCAACAUACCGGAGGCAAUCCGCAGAAACUAUGAGUUGAUGGAAAGUGAGAAGACAAAGCUGCUCAUUGCAGCCCAGAAACAGAAGGUGGUGGAGAAGGAAGCAGAGACAGAGCGGAAGAAGGCACUCAUUGAGGCAGAAAAAGUGGCGCAGGUGGCUGAGAUCACCUACGGGCAGAAGGUGAUGGAGAAGGAGACUGAGAAGAAGAUUUCAGAAAUUGAAGACGCUGCAUUUCUGGCCCGGGAGAAGGCAAAGGCGGAUGCUGAGUGCUAUACUGCUAUGAAAAUAGCCGAAGCCAAUAAGCUGAAGCUGACCCCUGAAUAUCUGCAGCUGAUGAAGUACAAGGCCAUUGCUUCUAACAGCAAGAUUUACUUUGGCAAAGACAUUCCUAACAUGUUCAUGGACUCUGCGGGCAGUGUGAGCAAGCAGUUUGAGGGGCUAGCUGACAAGCUAAGCUUUGACUUAGAAGACGAACCCUUGGAGACGGCUACUAAGGAGAAUUGAAAAAAACUUUAUACGACUGCAAAUGAUACUUAAGCAGAUCUUUAUUUUUUAAGAUGAAUCAGAAUGUUCCUGCCUCCCCCACUACCUUCUUUGACUGUCUUCAAGUUACUGUGGUGAAAAAGAAGAAAUGAACUUAAAUCUACUCCCCUUCCAGGGAAGGGAGGGUGGGGACUGACAAUAGGGGGUUUUAUUUCAGGUAAGCAGUUUAUAUGACUUCCGAUAAGAUUUGUAAACCAUGGGCUUGACCUUUGACCUCGAGACACUAAUUUUAUCCUUUGAGGCUGGCUUAAUUAGGGAUGCUAUCAUUAAGGGAGGGGAGAAAUGUAGAGUGUUGCCUCCAACUGAUUUGAUUUCCCUUAUUUGGGAAAAUGUAGUCCAGUAUUCUCACCCCUGCCUCUGAGGUGGGAGAUGUCUGUGAGUGAGGCUCAGCAACUGAGCAAAUAUGUGCUUGUGAGUUUGCCAGUAGAGCUGUGGAGAAACAGCUGCAGAGAAUGUUCGACCCUCCUGGCAUUUUUGUGCACGUGUGUGUGAGUUAUUUUAGAGGCAUGCUUUCCUGAGCCCUCAUAAGGAAGUACUGGUGCUAGGUUUUGCAAGAUUUUAUAUACACUUUGCUCCUUGCCCUAGGGCCCAGAGUGGUGGUUUCUGACUAUAUUUCUAGAGUCAGAGCUUGAACAUCACCACUCAGUUAUUUCUGCAACUUUUCACCUAUCCUGUGAUUUUUUUUUUCUUCUCAAAUAAUCUGUUCGUUGGUUCCACUCAGCAUCAAGAAGACAGUGACAAACAACCCAAGUGUCUUAAUAGCUGCUGGAGUAGGAUCCUUGUUAUCUCUUAGCCACUGCAGGACCUGCCUGACAGAUUAUGCAUGCACCUCGAGAUGAAGCGUCUUUCUAUUGUAGAGAUUCUGCCGUGAAGAGGUCUGACCCUGUGUGCAGCAGGAGGAAUGAUCAGUCAAGAGAUGUCCUGGUCUUAAUGCCUGUGCCUUGUGCUGGGAGUGGGUCUGGCUUAGUGAUAAAAGGACUCUAUUCACUAAGUGGCCUGUGUUUUUGACACAGGUCAGACAACGUUCAGUCUCCAGAGACAGCUGUGUGGAGCAAGUCAGAGUUCACGCCCAAGUCCCCGGGUUGGAAUGGCUGUGCCAAAAUCCAUUCAAAGGGUUUUAUUUUUCAUUACUAGCUCAGAAAAUUUUGAGUCACCCUGGGAGAUUCAGGAUGGGGAAAGCAAACUUGAGCAAAAGGUUUUUCUUAUAUCCUAAGAUUAGGGUGGCAGGGAACAUCUGACCUGUAUAGCUCAUGGGUUGUGUCUAGAAUUAAUUGGAGGGCAGCUAUCUGUAGUUAACUUGCAAGCAUAUAGGUGCCCUCCAUGACCAGCUCUGGCUUAGGACUUGGCCCUGUUAUGAGCUAACUCCCCCACAACUCCUACUGUACCCCUCUUCCCUAGGUGAAUCUGUGAAUGGGCCUUUCUGGCAGCAAUGCCUGCCUUAUUUUUGGGCCCAUGCUCAGAUUUCUGGUUUAAGGAAUGGUCCCAGAACUUGGGCCAGCUUGCUCAGGAGUUUUGGGAGCCUUGAGCCUGCCUAGAAAGACACAAUGUUAGCUCCCCUUACUUCAAAGUUGCCCUUCUCUGUUAAAUUCCUGGGACUUUCAGUCCUGGACACACUUUUUGCAGGCAACAAAAUGUUCCUGGGAGUGAUGGAUUUUAAUGUGCUCCGGAGUCCUUUCAGAAGGGGUCAUUUCCCUUGGCCAGGCAUGGUGGCUCAUGCCUGUAAUCCCAGCACUUUAGGAGGCCAAGGCAGACAGAUACCUGAGGUUAGGAGUUCGAAUCCACCCUGGCCAACACAGUGAAACCCCAUUUCUACUAAAACUAGAAAUAUUAGCUGGGCGUGGUGGCAGGCACCUGUAAUCCCAGCUACUUGGGAGGCUGAGGCAGGAGAAUCGCUUGAACUCAGGCGGCAGAGGUUGCAGUGAGCCAAGAUUGUGCCGCUGCACUCCAGUCUGGGUGACAGCCAAGACUCCAUCUCAAUAAAAGGAAAAAAAAGAAGGUGGUGAUUUCCCAAGACCAGCAUAGGGGGUAUCCAUUUAAAAUACAUUCAUCUUCCUCCUAUUUCUAUGCUACUUGUUAGGGCAACAUGACAUGCCCAGCAUCCCCACGUAUAUGUGUGCACCUUCUACUCUGAGCUUUUGCUGUCUAGGCCUCAGAAAACACCAGUUCACCACAAUAGAACCAGGAGCAGGGAUAGCUCAGCUUUUCUGAAUAGGAUGCUUUGCUCAGAUCUUAACUUGAGGGCCUCUCCAGUACUAACAUCCUUCGAUAGCUUGUCCCGUAACCACAAAAGAGCCUCAGGAGCGUCAAGUCCUGCUGCAGCUGCCCCGCCCCAAGUUACUAUCAUUUCAUCUUUAAACAAAAAAUAUGUUGUCGUACCCAUUAGUGUCAAUCCAGUGGUUGUCUCUAUCUGUCUAAAUAGCAAAAUCAUGGAAAUCAGCCGUUUCCUUUGUAUAGGACAACUAACCCAUCUGUCUGUAUGAUUUUGUUUUUAACACUUACUAGAAAAUCUAAUCUUAAAACAUUUGAAUUCUAAACAUGUAAAAUGUGAGAGCCUGCAAUUUUGUAGACAGUGAAGUAAUGGCUGCUAUUUAUAAAUGGAAUGUCUAUCAAAAUUAGUUUAUAAAAUUCAGUUUUUGUAGGAUUAUCCAAGGAAAAAUCACCUUGAUUGAAUGUUUCUCACUCAUUAAACUUUGCAGAAGUAAUUCAUAUUCAGUACUGUUUUUAAUCACUUUUUAAAAUAUAAGGACCGAAUGUUUGCAAGGAAACCAAAGUUUAUUAAUAAUUUUUAUAUAACUAAAAUAAAGUAGAUAUGGAGGGAUCUAUGAUUAUAUAAAAAGGGAGGGUUCCUGAAGGAAUUUUAGCAAUAUAUUGAUCCAAGAAAAGGAGCUGUUUUAUAAAUGAUCAUUCACUGUUCCUCUGGUUCUAUGUAUCUUUCAAAACAUACCUUUACUAUUUAAAGAGAGUAAAUAGUGAAAGUAAGAUGGUCAUACUUACUGACUUUAUUUAAGUUUGAUGGAGAUAAACUAUGUCUUAGCUAGUGGCUACUGUGUCUGUGAAUUUAACAACUACUUCUUUAAGUCCUAUUCAGGAGGGUUCUAGCCACUGCUUUUUUGUUGUUUCUAGCCACUGUUUUUUUCUCGUUUCCUUCUAAAAGAGGUAAUGACCAAUUAUUUUGUGUUUGUGUUUCCAUUCCUUUUUAUUUCGCUUUUGUGUAGACUAAUGACUGCAUAGUCAAACUACUACUUUCAUAGAGCCCCAAGAACUUAAUGACCCCAUUUGUAACUGAGAAAUGCCUCUUGUUUUAGUAAUCAUUCUGUAAAUGAUACUGCUGGAUUGAUUGCCUUGGGUUGAUAGCUGGAGGAAUUGUUUUGGAUAAUACUAACAGGCCCGUGUGAAUUUAUGUCUUAGUUUUAUUUGCAAUCUUGCUAAGUAAAAUGAGUCUUUGUGUCUACUUUUUUAUUAAAGUGAAAUACAGCAAUAGCUAAUAUUAGGAUAGGUGACAUAAAGAAAUAAAACAUCCCUGACUAGUGAGUUAAGUACAAGAUCUCUCUAAAAAUGUAUUCAGAUGAAAAUCUGUCCCCAUUAUCCAUA